AUGGCCUCCGCACGCUCUUUGAUGCGCCUGGGUUCUGGUCGCUCCGUGGCAUCUGCCACGAGGUCCAUGACCGCCCGCACCUUUUCCUCCGCCUCCCUUCAGUGUGCCCCCAAGGCCUCGACAGCACCGGGCCCGGAACCCGAGAACAUGCGCCAGGCGCAGCGCCCGCCUAACCGAACCGUGUUUUGCCAGCCUCGGGACCCCUCCCACGCCCCCGUGGUCAACCCUACCGACAAGUACCAGCCCAUGGCCGACAGUCUUCACGCCUAUGGGCAGUACGUUAUGUCCUGCCUGCCCAAAUACAUCCAGCAGUUCACAGUCUGGAAGGAUGAGCUCACCGUGUACACUGCUCCCGCCGGUGUUGUUCCCGUGAUGAGCUUCCUCAAGAACCACACUGCCGCCGAGUUCACCCAGAUCUCCGAUAUCACGGGUGUCGACUUCCCUACCCGCGACCAGCGCUUUGAGGUCGUCUACAACUUGCUCAGUGUCCGCCACAACUCCCGUAUUCGUGUUAAGACCUACGCGGACGAGGCCACCCCUGUGCCCAGUGUGACUGGUCUCUUCGAGGGUGCUUUGUGGUACGAGCGUGAGGUUUACGACAUGUUCGGUGUGUUCUUCUCCGGCCACCCUGAUCUGCGCCGUAUCAUGACCGAUUACGGCUUCGAUGGCCACCCACUGCGCAAGGACUUCCCCUUGACUGGUUAUACUGAACUGCGCUACGACGAGGAGAAGAAGCGCAUCGUUAUUGAGCCCCUCGAGCUCACCCAGGCCUUCCGUAACUUCGAGAGCGGCUCUACUGCCUGGGAGCCUGUGGGUGCGGGUCAAGACCGCACUCCUGAAUCCUUCAAGCUUCCGACCCCCAAGCCGGAAGAGAAGCAGGAAGAAAAGAAAUAG